AAUCAUACUUCGUCUUUCUUAAAUAACCCAAAAUGGAUCCAACUGUAGCAAGUCAUCCUGAAUAGUAUCAAAUUUUAAGCUUUUCUCUAAGAAUGGACGAGAGAGAAAAGAUUUUGGGGUUUCUCCCACAAAAGGAGAAAAUUUACAACAAGUAUUUACCAUAUGCAGACAAUCUUGAUGUUGAAUCAAAUGCUGUGUUUGCGGAAAUCAAGGCCAACCUUGGAAAAUCUGUUGCCUUGAGAGAUAUUAAAACAGGUGCUAACCACUGGAGUGGACAAUUAACUAGGUACAUAAAGUUAAAUGGAAUGAAGUUUUGUAAAGAAGAUCACCUAGCAUUAAUUAACUUGAUGUAUGAACUAGUUGUGAUGCCUGAACUUGAGUUGUCGUUAGUACAGAAGUUUGCGGCGAUGUUGAUUAAUCUGCUUAAGAAAAGAGAUCUUCUUAACAGAGAUGAUUUAGUUCUUCAUUGGAGGCCGUUAUAUAAAUUGAUUGAAUAUGUGGCUUAUUCACCAUAUGAACACCAUGGUUUGCAGCUGUUUCCAAGCAAUAUCGAGAAUGUUAUAAAAAGUCUAGUCAAGCAAUGUAGAGUGUACUUCCCAAUAGAAGCUACCCAAGAGAUGUUAGAUGAAUGGAGACCAUUAAUGUGUCCUUUUGAUGUAACACAUAUUAAAGCCAUGCAUUGUUUUGAGUACUUUUUGCCUACAAAUCUACCACCUUCAGAGCAUGAUCAGGGAUUUAAACUGUGGUUUGAAGAAUUUAUAGAUUUAUGGGAUUCUUGUCAUAACACACCACCAUGGGAAGCAAGUUUGGUGAACUUAUUUGCAAGAUUGGCACAUGAUAAUAUUGGUUAUAUUGACUGGACAACACACAUAUCUAAGAUAUUCAACAGAUUCUUGAGAAGUUUUAACCUACCAGUUGGAACACAGGAAGUACAGAUUGGAAGAACAAAUAACACAUAUGAUGUUCACAGCACUGUCACAUGGGUUGUUUCUCUAAUGGGAAAAAACAAAGAUGUACAGGAACAUAUCAACAAGUUGUUCAAGACUUUACAGACAUUUUACCAUCCUUCAAACCUUGGAAAAUGGAAUAUCAAGUUAAGUGGAUUGCUGAUGUGGUUUCCAAAAUUACUUGUCAAGAGAUUACACAGAGAGAGAUAUAAGAAAUCCUCCUGGCAUACACCAAUACCAGAGAAUGAGAAGCUCACAGAAGAUGACAUUACCAAGUUUGUUGAGAGUAUGAGACCUGUAAUCUGUGUUUCUAUGUUCAGUAAAUAUGGCAGUCAAGACUCAGCAAUAGCUCUUAGACACUUGUCUAAUCUACGGCCAGAAAUUGUUGUUCCUGAUCUACUUGAAAGAAUGUAUCCAGCAAUGGAGAAUUUGACGGAGCCACAUAGAUUGAUUGCAUGUAUGAUUUGUAUUGUGGCAGUAGCACGUCCAAUGUUACAGAGUCCAAAGUACUAUCCUGAAGGGAAAUCACAUGUAUUACCACUGCUCAAUCUUGCUUUACCAGGGAUAGAUCCAAAUGACUUCAAAAAAUGUUUGGUAACAUUCCAGAUGAUAUCCACAUUUGUAACAUUAGUACCCAUUGUAGACUGUUCUGAAGCUUUACAUUUGAGGAAUGAUCUCACUGAGAAUGAGAGAGAAUUGUGUUCAGCUACUGCUCAAUUUGAAGACUUUGUUCUUCAGUUCAUGGAUAGGGUGCUUGGUUUGAUAGAAAAUAGUGCUCAAGAGCAUAUCCAUGGCGAUAUCAGUAAACUGAACCCUGAACAAAGGAUGUUAGAAGUAGGAUUGUCCUCUACAUUUACCUCAGUUCUACAACAGUGUUCAUCAGCCAUAUUUAAGAGUGCCCUGAGACAUCUUCAUCACUUUGUUGCCAACAGCAUUUAUGAAACCAAGGUUGGAGGAAGAUUUGCUGCCAAUCUGUGCAGAGCUGCUGCCAAAGUAAAUCCAGAAGCAACUUUGAAAUUAUUUUUACCUCAUCUAUUCAGAAAUAUAAAGGAACAUAUUGCAUCACAUGAAGAUUUUGCUGAAGAAGAAAGAUUAGACAACAGCUUUCUCUGGAAUCUACUGAUGCUCUCCCAGCUUGUAAGAUGCAAUGGUGCAGAGUUGGUAAAAUACAAAGACAACUUAUUGGAAAUAAUUGAAUUAACAAUACAUUUAAAAUGUGUAGAAGGCUAUGAACUGACAGGACAGUUAAUAAGAUAUACUUUACGUGCUCUCACGUUACAUUAUCCAUUGGAUUAUAAAAGUAUAGCGGAAUCUUUUGAUAGACCUGUUACUGAAUAUCUUCCUAUUAAUGAUUGGGCAGUUCCUGGUGAUUCAAGUAAAAUAGGAAUGGUUUGGCAUAUACCUUCCACAGAAGAAGUAAAUUUUGCCUCACAAAUAUUACAUAGAAUAUUAGGAAAAGAGUUAGAGGCUGUACAGUCAAUAUCUGCUGAUAAACCAAUGAAAAGAGAGGAACUUUUAUGUCGACUGAAUGUUGUAUUAGAGUGCUUACAAGGUGCUGGUGCUGUUAUAAGUAUGUGGGAGGAUAAAAAGGUUGAUCUAAUUGAAAGCCAAGUACCUCUGCUUAGAUUUACAUGUUCCUGUUCAUUAGGAGAUCUUGAGAUCAAAUUAAAUGGUAGGAAUAUAAGAGAAGCUGUGGUUACUGCAAUGAGUACCUUGAUAUCUCAUAUGACAUUAACUUGUGAAGAUGAUACAAAAGGAAUGCUUAAAAUAUUAUCUAUUUAUGAAGCUGUGUUAUUCUUUCAUGGUGCUCAGAAGAAUGAUUUUGAUUCCCGGUGGAAAAGUUUUCACGCUGUAAAAAUGGCUUUACAAGAUGAUCUGAGAAAAGGAAAGCGACAUAUUAGGGCUCUGCUGGUAGACAGAGUACAAUUACAGCAAGAGAUGAGAUUGUUGUACAGCUGUGAAAGGAUAUUUACAGAGAGACACAGAGACAUGAUGAAUGACCUAUAUAACCUGUCUGUCAGUAGAUAUAGAGAGGUUAGAAAGAAAUCCCAAGCAGUAUUGUUUAGUAGUUUUAAUAACAUACCAUAUUCCUAUAGAUGUGUUCUUCCAGAUGUUAUUACCCAUAUCAAAAACUCUGAAACACCAGAAUAUCAAUUCAAAGGUGCUCUUUAUGUGAUACUUGGAAGUGGGAAGAGAAACAUGGCCACAAAGAGAAGCUGGGAGAUAAUCAGUGGAUUAUGGCCUGCCAUUACACAGGCCCAACAUUCAGAGAAACCAUCAAUAUUGAAGGUUAUAGAUGAUAUGAUCAAUAAAGUUGACAAGAACAUGGAGAGCCCUGGUAUUGUGACUAAGACAACAGAGUCUGUUCUUACUGCUGCACAGAAGUUGCUACAGCAGAGACAACCAUAUCAAUCUGAUGUCAAAGAAUUAAAUUUUGAGCAGUUGAAAUCAGCUCAGCAAUUUGAACGAAAUCUAAAUGACAGAAAUAUAAGACUUUACAACCAACUUGUAGAGGACUUGGUCAAGAUGGUGAAUGCUGGAAAUUUAACCUGGAAGUUUAGUCAUAUUGGACUUGUGUUUUUAUCGUUACUAUUGAGACAUGAUACACCAGUUCCUGCAGGUCUUGUAGCAUUGAAUAUUAAAACAAUGGUCCAUGAUUCACUACAUGCCAGAAAGCUUACCACAGCAGCAGUAUCUGCCCUUUUGAAACAGCAGAAAAGGAAACAUAAAAAAGUUGUGAUAGAUCCUCAUAAGUUAUCUGGUACAGAACGUCCUACAACAAAGUUCUGUCCAGGGGAUAGGAAAGACAAUAAAUGGAUAUUGUAUAAUUCUGACGAUUUACCAACAACUAAGGAAAAAUAUGACAAACUGAUCUUUAUAGAGAAGACACAUUGGGGAUAUUAUUCCUGGCCAAAAGAAAUGGAAGUAUAUGCCCCUUAUGAAGAUCAACCAAACAUCAGAAGAAGCAGGGGAGAAUUACCAGAUAAUGAAAAACCAAUUUAUGAUGCAUUUAUGGACCCGGAAUUUGUUAAAAAAUUUGUGUCUUUCUUGGCAUUAGAAGAAAACAAAGGCAAAGACAAAUUUAGGCAUAAAUAUUUGACAUUGUUUAAGGGAUUGUUUCGUAACUAUGGUGACACAUUCUUGGAGAGCUUCAAACCUCAUAUUGAAAAAUUAACUGCUGAUUCUAGUCAUGAUAAACACGAUAGUCAUCAGAGAUGUGGAAUGGAGAUGCUAUCUGGAAUUCUCAGGGGUGCUAAACAUUGGCCUUAUGAUAUGAGUGAAGCAAUGUGGGAAUGGGCACUUCCUGUGAUUAGAAAAGCAAUGAGUGUAAUUACUGUGUCAACUAUAUCUGACUGGGGUAAUUUCUUCUCAUCAGUUUCUGAAAGUAGAGAUCCAAGGAAGAUAUAUAAGUUUUUUGAGCUGUUGUUAGAGAACCCUCUGAAUGGAGAAGGUGGAUCAUUUGGUGAUACAAGUCGAAUGUAUGCCUUACAGCAAGCUUUGAUCCAACAAGAAUGGAGAGUUCCUGACUUACUUCAUAGAGUUCUAACAUAUGUACAGCCUCACUUAUCUCAUCCAUAUAAAAUUGUCAGGGAUAGGAUUGGAAGUAUGAUAUCUGAUCUGUUCUUGUUUGACUAUAAAGUCAGUUCUUUCUGUGAUACUUCUUCACCUAAGAAGAAAUCAUUCCUAGAUAUGGUAAUACCUCAGCUAGAUAGUCUUAAGUUUACUGUCAUAGAUGAAUUGGAUACAAAUCAAACAGAUGAUAAAGUAAACCAUGUAGAUGAGACUAAUGGUGAAGAGCCUAUGAAUGUUGAUACUGAAGAAACAGAUGAAAGGAAAAUAGCCAUUAGAUUAUGUAAAACUAUAAUGAAAUGGUUAACUAAUAGUUUAGGAAGAACAUUAACUACAGCACCACCAGAAAUAUUUCCUAUUCUUCCUAUUAUGUGCACAUUACAAAGUGAAAGUAAAGAUGAAGAAAUGAAGUCAUCUUGUACUUUAAGUCUUGCCUGCUUCUCACAAGCUCUUAUUCAACCUGAAGUCAUUCCUGUAGCUAUUAGUACUAUGAGAGAAAUAAUUGGUUUGAAGUCCUGGCAUGCAAGAGUAGCUUUACUGGGUUACCUUCAGGUUAUGACGUUUAACAACUUCUUCACAGUUCACCAACCAUCCAUCAUAGAAGACAUACAGGAUAUUGUCUUCCAUCUUAUAUGUGAUGAACAAUUAGAGGUACGGGAGAUGGCAGCAGUAACUCUAAGUGGAUUAUUACAUUGUGGAUAUCUUCAAAUGAACAAACAUAUGGUGGAUCAUUUUGAGAGACUGACUCGCAUCAAGUUGAAGAAAAGAAGAGUUACAGAAAAUAUAACCUUGGAUGCUUUGAUAAAACGUCAUGCUGGAGUGUUAGGACUUAGUGCUUUUGUACAAGCUUAUCCAUAUGAUGUACCAGAAUUCAUGCCACAGAUAUUAAUGGACCUAAGUAACCAUGUAGAUGACCCUCAGCCUAUACAGAUGACUGUGAAGAAGACAUUAUCCAAUUUCCGACGUACCCACCAUGAUAACUGGCAUGAUCAUAAACAGAUGUUUACAGAUGAUCAGCUAGUUAUACUGACAGAUCUAUUAGUUUCUCCUACAUAUUAUGCCUAGUGUAAUGGUUGAUGUGUUGGUGAAGAUUGAAAGACAUUGUUAAUUUGAAGUUUGGAAAUCUUGUUGAUGAUAACAACCAUUUGAAGACGUACACUUUUAUUGUGUUGAUAUCACAUUCUUCAAAUCUUUUCUAUAGGUAAUCAGUUGAAACCUCUCUCAUAGAAACAAAUAAAUAUUCAGAAUUAAUACUUAUUUCAUUUUCCUUCUUUGAACCUAAUGAGUGUUCCAAUUUGAAUUCUCAGUUGAGAUUUGGAUUUGUUUUUGUAAAAUUAAUUCAAGUAAGCUGCUUUGAUUUUAAUAAUAAGCUCAUGUUUAAUUACCAGUAUAUGAAAAUUAAAACUGAAUACAUUAUAUAAUGAUUUAUUCACUUGUGUAUGGUUUUGAUUGUAAAAGUAUCCUUACCUUCAGUCACUUUUUGGUAACUACAAGUGUUUUAUUAUUUGGUGAUAUAUGUAUUAUAUUGAAUAGAUUUAGGUAGAUAAACUUCAUACAAAGUUAUAUAGUGUGAGUUAUUGUACCUUUAUAUUAACAACCAUACCUGCUUAAUCAAAUAUCAUUUAUCAAUAAAAAACCAAAAAGGUAUUUAUUUUAUGUCUAUACAUUUGCACUUAGAGAAGUUUACAGAUAUUUGUGACCUCUAAACAUUACUGGGGUAUGCAGUAUUAUUAUAUGACAGCAAAAAUUGAAAAUUUUGGUUGUAUAUUGGUAUCACUUUGACAUCAUCGUCUGAAGACAUUUGGUUUUUCACACUCUUACUUUUGUAAAAGUAAAUAGAAAUCUAUGAUAUUUAAACACAAGGUUAAUGACCAUAAAAGGCAGGUUGGGAUUGAUUUUGGGUGUUUUGGUACCAAUAGUUAAGGAAUUAUGGGCCCAAAUAAGCAUUUUUCUUGUUUUUUGCACAAUAACUUUAGUAUAAGUUAAUAGAAAUCUAUGAAAUUUUAACACAAGGUUUAUGACCGCAGAAGGAAGGUUUGGAUUGAUUUUGGGAAUUUUGGUCCCAAGAAUUAGGGGCCAAAAGGGUCCAAAAUUAAACUUUGUUUGAUUUCAUCAAAAAAUGAAUUAUUGGGGUUCUUUGAUAUGCUGAAUCUAAACAUGUAUUUAGAUUUUCAAUAUUUGGGCGGGUUAUCAAAUUGGUCCACAUUGAGGUUUAAAGGGUCUAAAAUUGAACAUUAUUUGAUUUCAUCAAAAAUUGAAUUCUUGAGGUUCUAUGAUAUGCUGAAUCUAACCAUGUAUUUAGAUUUUGUAUAUUGGACCAUUAUAGGUAAAUGUCCAAUUUAAAAAAAAUUAAGUUUUUAAGUUUAAGUUCUUAGACCACAUUCAUUCUGUGUCAAAAACCUAUGUUGUGUCAACUAUUUAAUCACAAUCCAAAUUCAGAGCUGUAUCAAGCUUAAAUGUUGUGUCCAUACUUGCCCCAACUGUUAUGGGUUUGACCUCUGCGGUUGUAUAAAGCAUCUGGUUGCAUUAUAUUGGAAAACAAUUUGUGCUGUUAUAUCUUACCUAUAAUUUGAAAAUGUGCAUACAGAAAAACAAGAGGGAGUAAUCCAAAUCAUACAUUUUGGUUAAUCUUAUGUUUUUGUUUUCUUCAGUUAUAACAAUUGAACUAGUCUUCAUUGACAAUCUUUCCUAAAGAGUAUGAUUGGUGGUUCUUAAAUUAUAUAUAUAUUAUAAAUAUAUUAUGAACUGUUUAGAAUUAAUAGGUUAACCUAGUUUGUAAAUAAGAAUAUAAUUUUGGAGUUGGUGAAAUAAAGCAAUUUCUUAUAAUAACUUUUUUAUUGGUUAUAUUCACAUGCUAUAUAAUUAUAACAUGUGACCUUAAGGUUUUUAGAUUUGUUAAUAAUUUAAAGAUUUUUUUAGAUUGUUAUGUGAUAAAAGUGUAAAUGAUUUCUUUUAAUAUCGGUACAUGUAUAUGGUAUUAGUUGACAUGUUUUUAAGACGGCUUUCUCCUUAGCUGUAAAGUAAGAAUUUGAGUUAAGUGCAGUGAAUUCAUGAAAAUGUAAUUAGUUCAUGUCCAAGUUGUGUAUGAAUGUUCAGACAUUUUUUCCUGUAUUAUAGACAAAUAUUGCCAUUAAGAUCUUGGAAAUAAAAUAUUUAUGUACAUUU